GCUAAACCCAAACAAAACCCACUGUAUUUCACAUCCUCUUUCCUCCAAACCCUUCCUUCUUCAUUCUCUCACGCAGAAAAGAAGUUUCUUCAGCUUCAACAAGAACCCUCAGCCUCUAGCAGUUUGUUGAAAGUAUGGCCAAGCAUCAUCCUGAUUUGAUCAUGUGCCGUAAGACCCCAGGAAUAGCCAUUGGACGAUUAUGUGAGAAAUGUGAUGGUAAGUGUGUGAUAUGCGACUCUUACGUGCGUCCAUGUACCCUCGUCCGGGUAUGUGAUGAAUGCAACUACGGAUCAUUUCAGGGUCGAUGUGUUAUAUGCGGAGGAGUAGGAAUAUCUGAUGCUUACUACUGCAAGGAAUGCACACAGCAGGAGAAAGAUAGGGAUGGUUGCCCCAAAAUUGUUAAUUUAGGAAGUGCCAAGACUGAUUUGUUCUAUGAACGCAAAAAAUAUGGUUUUAAGAAAAGGUGAUGAGAAGAGAUUCAACAUUUUGUAUUUCUGUCAAACUUUUGUACUAAAUGUAUGUUUUGCUCGGUUAUUAGAACAAUGAGCACUUGUGCAUCGAAACUUUUAUUUGAUACAAUUUGUUGUCAAUUUAAGUGAUCAUAGCAUAUGAAUGGCAAUGAAGUACCAACUUGAACUACAACUGAACCAUUACUCUUUGUUUGAAUUUUUUUGGUGAACACAUGGUUCCUCCUACCAAUGGAAAUCAAUAAUUGUUGGUGUU